AUGCCCUUCUCCAAGUCAUUGCUGAAGAACAGGAACACCAUCUUCACCCUGGGUAACCGUGGAAACGUGAUUGCCUCAUCGGAACUGGAAGCCCCCAUCAUCGUGCCCCACGUAGCACAGAAGAACGACACUCGGUACCCCUUUGAGAGCCUGUUUCGGAGCCAGCACUACGGCCUUCUAGACAACAGCUGUCGUGAAUACCUCUUCCUCUGUGACUUCUUCAUGGUGACCGGAAACUCCGCUCAAGAUCUCUUCAACGCCAUCAAGGGUAAAACCCUCAGCAUUGUCUUGAAACACGUGGACACCUAUGUUGCCGAUUGCUACGACAGUAUCGCCGUUUUCCUGUCCAUCCACAUCAUCCUCCGCUUCAAGACCAUGAUGACCAAGCGGAACGUCCCUGCUGUCGACAAUGAAGUGAAGCAGAAUGUCCAAUGCUGGAGACAAAUAGCACCUCAUAUUUCACUCGGGCAGCUUGCACCCCAGCGAACAUUGAUUUCUGAUGAAGGAUCUCGACCCGAAAACGUCACCCAUUGAGUUUGAAAAAGGGUCUCGACUCGAAACGUCACCCAUUGCUUCUCUCCAGAGACACUGCCUCUCCCGCUGAGUUACUCCAGCUUUUUGUCUAUCUUCGGUUAUACCAGCAUCUGCCAUUCCUUCUUAUACAUUGACUUCUCUAGCUUCAAGUAAGCCUUGCUUUCCCUCUCUCUCUCUUCAUCCCCCCCCCUCCCUUCCCAGUUCUUCAACCAGUCUUACUGGCUCCGAAUACAUUUUAUCUCUGUUUGCUUUGUUGUCACCUUCUCCCAGCGAACACUGGUCUAUUCUACAUUUUCCUGCAUCUCCAUUCCCUUUGUCCUGUUUUCACACCUUGCACUUCCUUAUCUAUGUAUCUCCCUCUCCCCUGACAUCAGUCUUAAGAAGGGAACUGCAGAUGCGGGUUUAAACCGAAGAUAGACACAAACUGCUGGAGUAACGCAGCGGGACAGGCAGCAUCUUUGGAGAGAAGGGUGAUGUUUCGGGUCGAGAUCCUUCUUCAGACUUCGCCUAUCCACGUUCUCCACAGAUGAUGCCUGACCAGCUGAGUUACACCAGCACUCUGUGAAACGUCACCUAUCCAUGUUCUCCACAGAUGCUGCCUGACCCGCUGAGUUACUCCAGCCCUCUGUGAAACGUCACCUAUCCAUGUUCUCCACAGAUGCUGCCUGACCCACUGAGUUACUCCAGCACUCUGUGAAACGUCACCUAUCCAUGUUCUCCACAGAUGCUGCCUGACCCGCUGAGUUACUCCAGCACUCUGUGAAACGUCACCUACCCAUGUUCUCCACAGAUGCUGCCUGCGCAUCAUCUUAGUGUGGUUAAGUUUAGUUUAGUUUAGUUUAGAGAUACAGCAUGGAAACAGGCCAGGCCGACCAUCGAUCACCCGUUCUCAUUACUUCUAUGUUAUCCCGCUUUUGCAUCCACUCCUUACACGUUUAGUUUAACCUACUUUAAUGAUUCCCGGUGGAAACAGGCCCUUCGACCCACCGGGUCCGCAACGACCAGUGAUCCCCGCACAUUAACACUAUCUUACAUACACGAGGGACAAUUUUUACAUUUACCAAGCUAAUUAACCUACAAACCUGUGCGUCUUUGGAGCGUGGGAGGAAACCGAAUCUCAGAGAAAACCCACGCAUGUCACAGGGAGAAUGUACAAACUCCGUUUAGACAUGCUGUAGUUUGAAUCGAACCCGGGUCUCCAGCGCUGCAUUCGCAGUAAGGCAGCAACUCCACCACUGUGCCACCGUGACAGCCCACAUGUUUAAGAACAUUUGUUGUACUUGUAUUCAGUGGGUGGGUUUUGUUCUGAAUUACUUGGUGUUGUAAAUACUGGUAUGAAUCUAUUUUACUUCGGAGUCACGUGAGUGACUUCGUGAAGAACCCGCUUACAACGCAUGCGUGUCAUGGACGACAGAUAGCACAAUGGGCUAAGAGUUCGGCUGGCGACCGGAAGGUAGUCGGUUCAAAUCCCGCUUGGAGUGCAUACUGUCGUUGUGUCCUUGGGCAAGACACUUCACCCACCUUUGCCUGUAAUGGAAUGUUACGGCGGCAGGCGCGGGCACACCGCGACGCCCUGUGUCUCCCUUUCAAGGGAGAUGCUAAAAAUGCAUUUCGUUGUCUCUGUACUGUACACUGACAAUGACAAUAAAUUGAAUCAUUUCAUUUCAUUUCAUUUCAUUACGCUAACGCAUUGCAACUCGUCAUUGUCGGGAGGAAGGACGUUCCUCCCAAACGGCGGGGUUUUCGAACCUGCAACAGUAAGGUAAGUGAACAUCGUUCUUUACCUACCUUUUUAUACAGAAGGCUGUUGGAAGCUGGCGGGGGAGAAGUCUGCAAGCGCCGACAAGGACAGCAGGCAGCCAGCAACGGCCGGUGGCACGACAGUCUCCCUUAGCGGGAGUUCGUGCGACUUUAGCUCCGGGAAGAAAAUACCGACAAGGGAGCACUCCGGAGCCGACACAGCCCCAAAGACCGACGCUACAUGGGCCUGGGGCUGUGGAACAGGUAAGAAAAUUCCUUACCUUUUCUUAUUCUUUCCAGGAAAGCUGACGAGCUGCCGUUUCUACAGCAGCAGUCAGCCAGCAACGGAAGUCGGCACCACUGUCUCCCAUAACUGGAGCGAGUGCCAACUUCACCCCAUACGGGGUGGAGGGAAAAAACAGAGCCAACAACCCACAAAACAGUGGGUUGUAUUAGUGCUCUGGCAUUUUUUAAAAUUAGCGGGUCCCUAGGAACAGAAGGACCAGCCCCGUAAACACCGGGGUCGGGCCGAGCGGCUCGAACCCGACACGGAGGGAACGACGUUCACCAGGGGAAAAAAUUAAAAGUCGGGAACAGCAGGUAAGAGACUCUGCGUUUCCUUCCACUUACCCUU